AUGGCGUCGGAUUCCUACGAGGCUGUCUUGACCUCCCAGCUUGAUGCCUUGCGGUCUCUCCUGCUUCAAAGACACCAGGCAGAGAUAGCCAAGCUUCAAGGCCACAACGGGAGCCCCACGAAAGAGAGCAAAGACGAUCUGGCCGUGGGUAAGUCGAAGUCCAACAUGAGCACGAGUCAUCAAGGCGGCAAUCCAGCUGCAGGUGGACCGGAGUGGGGCGCCGAGUACAAGUGGGUGGAGCUGACGGCCAAGCUACUGGAAGCUUCCGGCAGUGAACCGAUCCGAAGCAGGGAGAUUGAGCCCAUGGAGAAGCUGGACCUCCACAUGCGGCCAGUCUGGACGUUGUCCUUUCAGGAGUCGCUAAAGAGACGUGGCCUGCGGAGAGUGGCGGCUGCGAACUCCGCUAACCAGUCGACUCUUAAGAUGAGUGACGCACUCCACGAGAAUUCCUGUUUGCAGAGAUUCGUCGUCAGCCCGCGGAGCAAGGUUCAGAUGUUCUGGUCAUCCAUGGGGGCUUUUCUCAUCCUCUGGGACUUGAUUACCAUUCCCCUCGGUCUCUUCAACCUGCCCGACUUCAUCGAAGUGAUGGGAGUUAUUUCCAACGUCUCUCUUGGCUUCUGGUUGAUCGAUAUGCCUCUGAAUCUCAUCUUCGGGAUCGAGACCCGGGGUACAUUAGAGAUGCGACCGUCCGUUCUAGCACGGCGCUACGCUCGUUCGUGGCUCGCCAUCGAUGUGGCCUUGGUCUCGCUAGACAUUACGCUCGUCUUGAUUGAGAUCAUGCAGCAGGUCGAGAUGCGUUCACAGGCCGUCUGGAGAUCUGCCCGGUUCCUUCGCAGCCUGAGGCUGCUUCGCUUACUACGACUAUUGCGGGUCGCGAAGCUCCAGCAGGAGCUGAUGAUUGUGGCGAAUCGAUUGUUGUCCACCCACGCCUUCAUGCUUUCCAAGGUGAUCGUGGCUGUGUUGGUGAUGCUCCUCGUAAACCACAUCAUUGCGUGCCUGUGGUACGGCAUCGGUGCGAUGUACCUCGAUGGCCGCAGCUGGCUGCUGGAGGUGCAGAUUCAGGACGCGCCUUUUGCGCAGGUCUAUGCAGCGUCACUUCACUGGGCUUUGACUCAGUUCACUCCUGCGACGAAUAACAUUGCCCCGGACAACGCCCUGGAACGAGCCUUCGCGGUCGUUGUGAUCUUGCUGGCCAUUGGCCUCUUCUCUUCUUGCAUUACCGCCAUCACCUCCACCAUGGCCUCGCUGAGGACGGCUCGAAGCCAAAAGUCGGCUCACCAGGCCAAGCUUUUCCAGUUCUUCAACGAUCGCAAGCUCUCUGUGGGCCUCUACGGCAAAGUCCAAGAGGUCCUUGAGAAGGACGGCCACUUCGAGGUGAGAGUUCAGGAGCGCGACGUCGACUUGCUGCAGAAAAUCCCGCAGAGGCUGAAGAUCCAGCUGCACGAGGAGAUGUUUCGACCAUCACUGCAUGGCUUGGGUAUCUGGCCGACAGUGGACGUACCGGAGAACCACUUUUUCUACAGCCACCUCUGCCACAGUGCCAUGUCGGAGCACAUCGCUACCCCGACCCAGGAUGCGUACAUUCCUGGGACCGACUGCCCACAUGUCUAUAUCAUCGACGCCGGCGCUAUGAGCUACUUCUGCCGUGGCGGAAAUCAGCAGCGCGCGAAUGUCGCCGAAGGCGAGAUUUUGUGCCUGCCGACUUUGUGGGCUGAUUGGCAUCACCGUGGUCGACUAACAGCAAACACCACCACCUGUGUCUACAUCACUCUCAAUAGUGAGCAGUUUGGUUUGUUGGUAAGCAAAGUGGGUGGAGCCAUGUGGCAACACUUGCAGAAGUACAGGAAAGCCCUCCAAAGGAGAGACAAGAUGGACGUCAUGGUGAAGCGCUACAGCAUCCCUGCCCACCAGAUCAGUCGCUUCAUGUCCCUUCAUCUCGAAAUCUCCACCAUGGCCGGUUUUGCCAUUACCUGCAACGUGGACCCGGAAGUAACCGUGCUGAUUCUGAAGAAGGUGGCAGAAAACGAGAUGAAGCGCCUGAUAAAGCAUCUUAUCACUGCAGAUGCGCGAGUUGCAAAUGAGAGUCAGAAUAUGUUGGAUGCAGGUAUAAGGGAUGGCGAUAUGCUGCAAGCAGUGCUGAUGUCCGACGAUGACAAAGUUCAAGCUAUUGUGCAAGAGAGUGGGUCACAUACCUGUGAUUGUCGGAAAGUAACCCGUGCAGGAGACUACGCUCUAGUCAAGGCAAUGUUUUGGUCAAGAGAGCAAGAAGCGGCCCCGUAUGUUGAGGAGUACAGUCUUUACCAUCUUCCCUCCUGGAGGCGUGGCGACACGCCUCUUCUUGAAGCAACUUAUGUGGAUGACCCGGAGUCUGAUAACGCCAGGGAGGGGCACGAGCUCCGUCUUGUGGGAAACGGAGAAGUUGAGAUGAGGGAAAUAUCGGAAUUUGGUUUUUGGAACACGCUCUUCCGCAAGAAGCUCGACAGCCUUCUAGAAGGACGCGUGUUGGCAGAUGCGGAAUAA